GAUAAAGCUUUUGUUUAAACAACAAGCCAGAUUGAAUACGUUGUUAAGAAAGAUAUGCCUUUAAAAAGUGGUAUCUUUCACAAAGCAGUCACUUGUCUAAUCCUGUGUAGGCACGUAGCUGUGUUUCAGGAGAUUUUAUACAGUGGUGCAGAAUAUGAAAAUGUCGUCGUCCAUGUGCCUGUUUUUCGUUCUUCUGAUGCACACAUGCAUGUUACCUAGUGAAGCAGCAAAUGUUGUCGACACUGUGUGCACUAACGGUGGCACGGAAUGUAGUGGCAUCGCACAUGCUCUCUGCGAUAUAGCGACCUUCAAGUGCAAAUGUGCUGCUUAUUCAACAGCGACUACAACUACAUGUACAGCCACAGCAUGUACCGCAAAUGCUACAUGUGUGACGCCUGAUGCCAACUCUGAAUGUUCUGGAGCUUCCAGCGCAGACAAGUGUCGGUGCAAGACUGGGUACAGCUUGGCGAGUACUGAUGCGAAGUGUUAUAAGGAUGUUACCUCUACUGUGUGUACUGCCACCGGCAAAGAGUGUGACUCAAUCAUCAAUGCCCUGUGUGACACGACAGCACUGAAAUGUAAAUGUGGAGGAAUAUCGUCCAUGAUCGCCAAUACGUGUACAGGCAAAACUUGCAUCGCCGCUGCGACCUGCACCGCUCUGGAUGCCAACUCUGAAUGCUCUGGAACAGCUGCAACCGACAAAUGCCAAUGCAAGAGUGGUUAUUUGAUGGGAACCGACGGAAAAUGCGCUUUAAAAUGUAUUGCUGACGCUACAUGUACCGCUAUCGAUGCCAACUCGAAAUGUUCUGGAACCACCGCCACUGACAAAUGCAAAUGCAACACUGGGUACACAAUGGGAGUUAAUGGCAAAUGCGCUUCCUCCGGUGCUGCUGCAGUGCUGGUCUCCAUGACGAUGCUGUUUGCCUGCUUCAUGACCAGACUUCUAUAAACGUGUUUCCAAACAAUAAAAAUGAAUCUUGUUUUUUAAUUAAGUACACACCAUUUAGGGAGAAAAAGUUUUUAUUGUUAUCUUCGACCAUUAAUAUAUGUAUAUUUUAAUGACUUUUAAUCGACUGUAUAAACCACCAUUAUCAAUUUAGAUAAAACGUUAUCGCUAAUUAUCAAGCAGUUAUUCUACACCGAUUAUUGUAAUUAUGUUUGACUUUUUUUUAACAUAUCUGUAAUCCAAGUUCAGUUUUUUAUUACUGGAUUUGUUGAUUGCAGUGUGUUGUACUUUUUCAUUCACCUUGCUUGGACUGAAAACGCACGCUUUAAAAAAAAAUAAAUAAUAUGUAACGCCUUUUUUGUGCAUAUCACACAAUCAUGUUCAUGUGUGAUUUUAAAAAGCCAUAUUUCGCAAAUGAUAUGUUUAACAGACACCAAUGCAAGAAGAAAGUAUGUCCGUUAUAUAAUGUCUUCUAAAAUAAGGACUAUAACAUUAAUGUGUAAAUAUGGAUUGUAUGAUCACACGAACGAAGUAUGGAUUACUUGUUCUUGUUUUUAUACUUUAAAGUUUUAUGAAGAGUAAUGCUCAUAAGACCAUGAUAUGCACUAAAUAAUUAACAAGUAGGGUUUAUGAAUUUAUGUGUUGGUUUCUUAGAUGUGUUAUUGUAAUAAAUCUAAAGUGAA